AAAAAAAAAGAGAAAGUUCGGCCGCCUGUCUGCCUUCUCUCCGUUUACCCCCUCUUCUCUCGAAAUCGUCUUCCCUCCUUCCCGCCACGGUUUUCUCCUCCCAAGAACCGGGCCCCCUUCUUCACGAACCCUGAUAAUGGUGGAGAAAGCCCUCGAAAUCGACCUGUGAUCGAGAGCUGCUCUGUGUCGACGAUGCGGCCCGCCGCCGGCGCCAGGCUCUUCUUCUGGUGCGCCCGGAGGUCGCAGAGAUCCACUUUCCCCCUCCUCGAUGAGUCGCCAGUCCCUCCCUUGGAGGGUUCUUCUCGCCGGCUUGCAGCGGGGAUUUGCAGCUCUUCUUCCCCCAAAACAGCGAAUUGGAGGAGGUUUGAGAUUUCGAAUGGACCGUUUCAGGGGCACUAUAUUCCAAGCAGAUUAUUUCAUGGAACAAGAUCGACGUCUGCAAGAGACUACUAUGAGGUACUAGGAGUGAGCAAGAAUGCAAGUGCUUCAGAGAUCAAGAAAGCAUAUUAUGCGCUUGCAAAGAAGCUACAUCCUGAUACGAAUAAAGAUGAUGCUGAUGCAGAAAGGAAGUUCCAAGAAGUUCAGCGUGCUUAUGAGGUCUUAAAGGAUGAGGAAAAGCGCUCGCUUUAUGACCAGGUUGGCCCUGAUGCAUUUGAACAAGCUGCUUCAGGAGGCGAUCCUCGUGGACCAUUUGGAGGUUCCGGAUUUGGCAACCCAUUUGAAGACUUAUUUAGCGGUGCAGGGGGAAUGAAUGAUUUCUUCAAGAACAUCUUCAGAGAUAGAGACUUUGGAGGACAAGAUGUCAAGGUUUCUCUUGAAAUUUCAUUCAUGGAAGCAGUCCAAGGGUGCACCAAAACAGUGACAUUCCAAACUUCUGUACCCUGUGAAGCUUGUGAUGGGACUGGUGUUCCUCCUGGAACAAGACCUGAAACAUGUAGGCCUUGCAGAGGCUCAGGAAUGAUAUUCAUGCAAAAUGGCCCCUUCAGGCUGCAGACAACCUGUUCCCAAUGUGGGGGAUCUGGGAAAACUGUGAAGAGCCUCUGCAAGUCAUGCAAGGGACGGAGAGUUGCGAAAGGAAUAAAAUCAGUCAAGCUGGAUGUGAUGCCUGGACUGGAUGACAAUGAAACUAUAAGAAUUUAUAGAAGUGGUGGGGCAGAUCCUGAGGGCAGUCAGCCUGGUGAUCUUUAUGUUACUAUCAAGGUUCGAGAGGACCCUGUUUUCCGAAGAGAAAAAGCUGAUAUCCACGUAGAUGCUGUGCUAAAUGUCACUCAGGCGAUAUUAGGUGGAACCAUUCAAGUUCCAACUCUCACAGGGGAUGUUGUUCUUAAGGUUCGGCCUGGUACGCAACCUGGUCAGAAGGUCGUUUUGAAGGGGAAAGGAAUAAAGACAAGGAACUCUUCCUCUUAUGGGGAUCAAUAUGUUCAUUUUAAUGUCAGCAUCCCUGUGAAUUUGACACAGAGACAGCGUACACUAAUUGAAGAGUACGCGAAAGAGGAGCGAGGAGAAUAUGACAAGGGUGCUGCAGCUGCAGGAGCAUCAGGAUAAUUAUGCCACUUUUUGGUUAAUACGUUUGAAGCAGACCACUUGAAUUAGAAAUUUUUAUUGGAGAAAUCAGGCCUUUUCUAGCAUAAGUUUUGUAUCUGAUGUUUCCUGUUUAACCCCAAUAACAUUAUAUAAUAUUUACAGCUGUUUAUCUCA